UCCCUUAAAUAAGGCAAAAAACUACCGAAAUCAGCAGCAACGUACACGCACACAUACAUAUAAGCAUAAACGAAAGCAUUCAGCGAAACCGCAAUAACAGAAUUCAUUAAUCAAGUAAUCAAGUGUUUUACGAAGUCAUUAAACCAAAAAGAAAAAGUUCAAGAUCGACGCAUUUUGCUUAAGCGCUCAUCAAACGAAAAAGUAAUUGUUUGAAAAAUCGUGUAACUAAAAUAAAACUCGUUCAAUAAUAGCAUUAAUAUUAACAUAUUAUGAAAUCGCCUACAUUUUAGGGUUAUUAUAUUGAAAUAUGAUUGUCUCUUACAAAUAACGGUGUUGUGUGAAAUAGGAUUAGAGUAUAUCAAAUAGCAACUAGAAUUUUGAAGAUUUUGCAACUGAGCAGCAGGCACGCCAAGAACACAAGAAGAGUUUACACCCACUGCAGUUCAUCAUGGUACAGAUCACUGCCAUACCUAAUCAAUAAUUGCGCUAAUAUUCAACAGAAGAUAUCCAAAAAGUACUAAAAUAAGUCAUCAUAAUAACCAAACUCACACCGAAACCAAAAAAAAAAAUUUAAAACAGCCAUCAACAUUCCUAAAAUAAACAUUUAAUAGAUAACCACUGAUUGCAAUUCCAAGUAAUAAACUGGAUCAUUGGUAUUUUUAAGUCUAAGCGUCAAGAAUAAUCUACACUUGCAACAGCACAAAUUAGUUAUAAACAAAACUUACGGAAAUCUAAACUGUAAGCCGGAGCAGUAGCAUAAAACUCUUGGGUUGUAAUUGAAGUAAACAAAAAGGAACUCCGAAGAAUAUAUUAACACAAAUAACGCUAAGCAUAAUUUACUAAAAAUUAACUCGAAUAAUAAGUAACAAACUGAAAGUGGAGAAAAUUAAUAAAUGUUGCAAUACUCGCCAUAAAACUUAGGCAGCUAUAAGCAGUACAAUAUUGUAACAUAUACAGUAAGAACUCGAAUUUUAUUUUAUGCAGCACUGAGACACACGCACCAAAGCACUGAAGCUGCAAGAAGAAGUGAACGCCUAUUUUGCGAAAUCAACAAAGCUCUGCGACUAACUGCGACCAAGUAAAAGCUAGUGUACCAGUGGGCGUCAGAUCUGCGCAAAUGCGAAAAAAUGAUGUCGAUCAACGACGAAGAAGACGAUCACAGACGCCAUAGUGUGAGUAAAAGCGCCCAAAAUGCAACACUGCAAAAGCUUAGCGCCGGAAACCGUGAAAGUGCGAAGUCUAAAAUUAGGAAAAGCGGCAGUAGUAGCAGCAACCACAAACGCAAUAUAACUUAUUUGCAUUUUUUACGCAAAACUCGCAGAAAAAGCAACAAGCAUAGCUUUAAAGCAACCACGCCUACCACAAAUGCGCGACAGUGGCAAGCGUUAAACGCUUAUUGGCAAAAGCUGCUGGUCGCGCAUAAGCAGAGCUACGGCGCGGCCACACAUGUGGAAACGUCAAGCUUUCACCACGCGAAAAGUUUAGAAGACUUGCAUUUCAGUGAAAGCGCUGCCACAAAAUGCAUAAGCAAUACGUGCACAUGGAACAAUCAGUUGAGUUUUGAAAACGCGAAAGACAGUCGUGAAAUGAAGCGAGUAUGUGGCAUGGUGCGUAGCAAGAGUGCGUCGAGCUUAAGCAGUAAAAGUAGCAGCACUUCGCAGCCACAAUCGAGUUGUAGUGGUAACAGUGACAGUCCCGUAAAAGCUGGAGGAAAGUACAGUAGAAAUCGAAGCGGGAAAAAUUGUUACAAUGCUGGCCAUAAGCGCAGCAGAACCGACUGGCCAGACAAAGACAGAACCUAUAUAAUUAUAAGCAAUAACCGUGAACCAAACGGCAGCUAUCUUAGAGGGCCGCAAUCAACCGAAAGACUGUGCACACGCAAAAAAAGACGCUUGCGGCGGCGUCGAAAAAGAAAGGACAUUCAACGUGCAGAACACCUAAUUCAUUAUCUAGACGCAGCUAGCAAGCAACAGCUAGUAAACACAUCUUCAUCAAUAGUAACGACAUUUGACGCACAACAGGAAUCACACCAAACUUCAACUGAUUCACACAUACAACCAGCAACAAUAGCAACAGCCACAGCGCCAACGCCAGCAGACACAAAUCACAACAUGCUCGAGAGCAUGUCAACAACAGCUGAGUUAUUGUCGUUGGCAAAAAUAACAGCAGCGCAAAAGUAUAUGUCGCCAGCUAGCGAGACACUUCCGAAACUUAGCGAUUCUCUUAAGCACCACAAUAAAAGUUGCUGUAGCGGCAAUGCGACUGCUGUGCAACAACAAGCAAAGAAAGGCAAUAAAGGUGCAACAAUAAAUGUCACGCCGUCAUUUUCAUCGGCAGCGCUCACCGCAACGCCUGCCAUAAGAUUGCCGACAUUUUACGCAGCCACCACGUUGCGCCUCUUCUUAACCACAUUGACUACAUUGAUUGCCAGCACAACACCCACGACGUUCACAGCCACAAAAUACUCAUGGAUAUUUUUAUGGAUAUAUGUGAAUUUAACUGCUAGAGUUGGUCUAGCAGGAUAUCAUGAAAAGAGACUGCUACAUGAUCUAUUAGAUCCUUAUAAUACUCUAGAGCGUCCGGUUUUAAACGAGUCGGAUCCAUUACAAUUAAGUUUUGGUUUAACUUUAAUGCAAAUAAUCGAUGUGGAUGAGAAGAAUCAGUUGCUCGUCACGAAUGUUUGGCUGAAAUUGGAGUGGAAUGAUAUGAAUCUCCGUUGGAAUACAUCCGAUUAUGGCGGCGUUAAAGAUUUACGCAUACCGCCGCAUCGGAUAUGGAAACCGGAUGUGCUGAUGUACAACAGCGCUGACGAGGGUUUCGAUGGCACAUAUCAAACGAAUGUGGUGGUGCGCAAUAACGGUUCGUGCUUAUAUGUGCCGCCGGGCAUAUUCAAGUCCACAUGCAAAAUCGACAUCACAUGGUUUCCGUUCGAUGAUCAGCGCUGCGAAAUGAAAUUCGGCAGUUGGACAUACGAUGGAUUUCAGCUGGACUUGCAAUUACAAGAUGAAACUGGCGGUGAUAUCAGCAGUUACGUGCUCAACGGCGAGUGGGAACUAUUGGGCGUGCCUGGCAAGCGUAACGAGAUCUACUACAACUGCUGCCCCGAACCGUAUAUCGAUAUCACCUUCGCGAUCAUCAUUCGUCGCCGCACGUUGUACUAUUUUUUUAAUUUGAUCAUACCGUGCGUGCUGAUCGCAUCGAUGGCGCUGCUGGGCUUCACGCUGCCACCAGAUUCAGGAGAAAAACUAUCGCUGGGUGUUACUAUUCUGCUGUCGCUCACCGUCUUCCUCAACAUGGUGGCUGAAACAAUGCCCGCCACAUCCGACGCCGUGCCACUGUUAGGUACAUAUUUCAAUUGCAUAAUGUUUAUGGUAGCUUCAUCCGUUGUGUCAACGAUUUUAAUAUUAAAUUAUCAUCAUCGAAAUGCUGAUACGCACGAAAUGUCCGAAUGGAUACGCAUCGUAUUUCUAUGUUGGCUGCCAUGGAUUCUACGCAUGAGUCGUCCUGGUAGGCCACUGAUACUGGAAUUCCCCACGACACCGUGCUCGGACACAUCAUCGGAACGCAAGCAUCAGAUAUUGUCCGAUGUUGAACUGAAGGAGCGCUCCUCGAAAUCGCUACUCGCCAACGUGCUCGACAUCGACGAUGAUUUCCGACACAACUGCCGGCCGAUGACGCCCGGCGGCACUUUGCCGCACAAUCCCGCAUUCUAUCGCACCGUUUAUGGUCAAGGCGAUGACGGCAGCAUCGGUCCGAUCGGUAGCACCCGCAUGCCGGAUGCCGUUACGCAUCACACGUGCAUCAAAUCAGCAACGGAAUAUGAACUAGGUUUAAUUUUGAAGGAAAUUCGCUUUAUAACCGAUCAGGCCAAAGCUUUUCUCACUUUCACCAUCGUUCCAAAUCCUCAUUAGAAGCAGCAAUUCAGCAGGAUUUUUGCAAAAGGGUCAGAUUAAUGGACAAGACAUUUGGUAAUAUAAAAUUUGUUCGAGUGCGUAUGAACCGUUAUAAAAAUU